AUGUCAUCAACUUUCUCAGCAUUUUUCUUCGUGAUCACCCUAACAUUAAUUAUUAUUACAAAUGGAAACUAUACCUUAAAAAAGUUCGAAAAUGAAGUUGCUGAAUUGAUCCACUAUAUUACAAAAGGUGAUGGAGAAGGAUUAGCUUAUAAGUGGCUUAGAACAUUGGUCGAUGAUUUUGGACAUCGUAUGGUUGGUUCCGAUAGCUUAGAAAAAGCAAUCGAUUUCUUGGUAAAAAGAUUGACGGAGGAUAAUUUUGAUAAUGUGCACACCGAAGAAGUACCAAACUUACCGUAUUGGAUUCGUGGGGAUGAUGUUGUCGAAAUGAUUGAACCACGACAUCAUCGGUUUAAUGUGCUUGCUAUUGGCGGAUCUGAACAAGCUGAUGUAACCGGAGAAGUAGUAGUUAUUCAAGAUCUUGAUGAUUCUAAGUAUGUUAAUAUCAGUGGAAAAAUUGUUGUGACGGCACAAGAAUUUAGUGGUUAUGCGGAAACGGUUAAAUAUCGCCGAUCAGUAAAAUUAUUCGAAUCGUUAGGUGCCAUUGGCGUUUUGAUAAAAUCAAUAACAUCAUUUUCCAUCAAUUCACCUCAUGCCGGUAGUGGUGCAGAAGGCGCAAGAAUUCCAGCUGCAUCUUUGACGACCGAGGAAGCCGACAUGAUCAAUCGAAUGUUUCAGAACGGUGAAAAGAUUGUUAUCCGAAUGAAUAUGAAGUCACAUAGCGAGAAUUUUACAACAUCCAGAAAUCUCAUCUUUCAAAUUACCGGUCAAGAACGACCAUCUGAAGUGAUAUUGUUAACGGCGCAUCUGGAUAGUUGGGAUGUUGGACAAGGGGCAGCGGAUGAUGGUGGUGGUUGUGCUGCUGUAUGGAGUGCUUUAUAUUCAUUGCAACAAUUAGCCAAAAGAAAUGCUAUAUUUAGACCAAAACGAACUAUUCGUGCUAUAUUUUGGACAGCAGAAGAACAAGGAUUUCUGGGUGCAAAGCAUUACUAUAACACUCAUAAAAAUACAAGUGAAACAUUUUAUUUUGUAUCUGAAACGGAUACAGGAGCAUUUAAGCCAAUCAAUUGGCUUUCACAUCUUUCAUUCAGUGGGAAUCAACAACAGAUGAAACGGCUUCAAGAAAUAAUACGCUUAUUGAGGAAGAAUGGUAUAUGGCUUGGAUUGAGGAAUAGCUCUCUUCAGGGUGACGUUACUUUCUGGGCUAAAGAUGGCAUACCAUCAAUUAAUUAUAUUCCUGACAAGGCUGUUGAUUAUUAUUUCUAUUUUCAUCAUACUAAUGGUGAUUAUAUAACGAUAUUCAAGGAAGAAGAUCUAGAUUAUACGGCAUCAAUUUUUGCCGUUUUAGGCCAUGUAAUAGCCAAUAUGGAUGAUUGGACAAGUAAUCACGAACUGUCGUAA